AUGGCCCGGGCUGUGGAAUUAUCAGAAUUUGACAUAGUUUUCGAAAGCCGAAAAGCAAUCAAAUCUCAAGCACUGGCAAAUUUUGUCAGAGAGCUUACUUCAAUCCAAAAAGAGAGCUCAACAAACCCAGACACCUGGAAAAUCUACGUGGAUGGAUCCUCAAACUCCAAAGGUAGCGGGACCGGGGUAAUUAUUGAGAACCCGGAAGGGGUUUCGGUUGAAUACUCCAUGCAGAUGAAAUUUGAAACAUCAAACAACCAGGCAGAAUAUGAAGCAUUCAUAGCCGGGCCUCAGCAAGCCAAGGAGCUCAGAGCAAGGAGACUGCAAAUCUAUAGUGAUUCGCAAGUGGUCACCUCCCAGAUUGCAGGAAGCUACCAAGCUAAAGGACCGUUGUUAGCAAAAUACUUGAAUUCCGCAAGGCAGUUAAUAGCAGAGUUUGAAAAAGUAGAGGUCAGUCAUAUUCCAAGAAAUGAAAAUAGCAGGGCUGAUAUACUGUCAAAGCUGGCAAGCACUAAAGGUUGGGGAAACCACAGGACAGUGGUUGAGCAGAAUAUCCCAGAACCUACAUGUGUCAUGCAGAUUACCGAAGGCAAAGAUUGGUGUAGUACCAUUAUUGACUACAUAGAAAACGGGACGCUACCCCCCCAAAAGGAGGAAGCUAGGAAGCUGGUUAAGGAUGCAGCAUUGUACACAAUGGUAGAAGGGAAACUUUACAAAAAAGGAGCCUAUUCCCCCUUACUAAAGUGUCUAAGCUCGGAUAAAGCGAAAUAUGUCCUAUCUAAAAUUCAUGAAGGAAUCAAUGGCCAGCACGUUGGAGGCAGGGCACUAGCCCGUAAAGCUCUCAGAGCAGGCUAUUUCUGGCUAUCCAUGAGUCAGGACGCGAAGGAACACGUGCAGAGGUGCGAUCAAUUCCAGAAGCACGGAGUAGAGCCAGUGGAAACAAUUACCACGACAAGGGUGCAACGUUUCUUCGAGAGGAACUUGAUCUGCAAGUUUGGGAUUCCAGCCGAGGUGGUUACCGACAACAGGACCCAAUUCACAAGCAAAACUUUACAAGAAUUAAUGGCAAAUCUUCACAUCCGGCAUCGUUUUGCGUCUGUAGAACAUCCUCAGUCUAACGGCCAAGCCGAGGCGGCAAAUCAGGUCAUCAUAGCCGGGUUACGUAAAAGAUUGGAACAAUGUGCCAAGGGGAAGUGGGUAGAAGAACUAUG